AUGAUGAGAUCUUUCAAAGAGGAUAAAUCUUCUUGGAAUGAGAGAAAUCGGAAAUCAGCCCUCCGUGUUCAGGUGGUACCAUAUUUUGAAGGUGAGGCAACUAGACCAUCUGAUUCCAACUUGAUCAUCGUCAUUAAAAGCGAAACAGAAGGCGUCCAGGUGGAGCUAAUUCUUGAUUCACGGAUGAGGAGGAAUGGCCUUGCCAUUCGACAAGCUGCAGCCUCACCUCUGUCCUUCACAGUCAAACUGAAUAGCAGAUCGCUAUUGUCCUUCUCUAACAAAGGACUGAAAGGCAGAAUUUGUACAGUAGAAUUGAAAAGUAAGGAAACUGCUGUGGAGGCUGGCUUCUUCCCUGGAAUUACUAGUUGGAGAGAUUCCACAGCUGGUAGGCAUCCAUGCCAGGUCUCCGUAAAAUUCAGCGAACACCACUUCUGUGCAGGAAGCUUGAUCCAGGAUGACCGAGUUGUUACGGCAACCCACUGCCUUGGUAUCCUCAAUGAAAGGCAACACCCAAGGCUAACUGUGAUUUCUGGGGAGUACUACCUCUUUCAGUAGGGUAAGCAUGAACAGAAUAGUCAUGUCUCACAAAUUACUACCCAGCCUGAGCACAACCUUGGGCAUAUGAGGUCUGAUAUUUCACCGCUGUCUAAAACACAGUCAAGUCCGAGCCACCAUAAAUUUGAAGUAGGGAUUCUUUGCAUGGCCAGUGACUAGGGCAAGAGUUCAGACACACCAUCAGAAUAGUCAAAUGUCCAGCAAGAAGUGGGCCUUCCCGUCAUGGAUGACAGAGCAUGUAAUGCUGUGCUCAGGGGUACAACCCUCCCUCCCCGAGGCUAUGCGCUGUGCCACUUAGAGAAGGACUCUGGAAAACCAGUGGCGUGCAGAAGAGACGCUGAGAUCCGGGCUCUGGUUGGGAUAACUUCCUGGGUAGCUGGUUAUGCUAGAGGUUCAGCUUCUCCAGGAAACCACAGCACAGCAUCUCCUGUUAUUUUCUCCAAGGUGUUUGAACUGGUGGAUUUCGUCACUCAGCACAUGAUCACAGGCCUCUCAGAAAUGAGUCCAGGGUGUGCCUCCAAGUUCCUGAGUUCUGUCCAAGGCGUGGAUGGAAGCCAGGGAGAAGAGGAACAUUGUAAGCCUCAGAGGACAGUGUUAUUUGGAGAAAGUGAGAUUAGGUAUUCUCAUUCUAAAGAAGAUAAUUAUUCUGCUAAAUGCUGGAAAACAAUUUUACCAGGAGAUAAAAUUACUCUGAUAAAAUAUACAAGUGUAGACAUAGAAAAUCAAGUUGGAUGUGAUCAUGACUACACACCUUUACAGUCAAGCAGCAGAGUGCUUAUAAUUAAGAUCUGUGGAGAUCUAAUACUCUCCCCACUGCUGACAGAGACCAAUGAGGCCAUGGUCACCUUGAUUUCUGGUACAAAAAACAAUAGCAGUGGCUUUGGGUUUACAUUUACUGCUGUACAAAACUUGGAAGCAGGUUCAGGGUACAGGAGUGCAGCUGUUUCAGCAGAAGAGACUGUUCACUUUGCCAGUUACCCUGAGCUUUAUCCCAGAAAUAUAAACUGUCGUUGGUUUAUUCACGUGCCAGGGAAACACAUCAUAAAGUUGACAUUUGAGGACUUCACUGUUGAAUUGAACCAAAACUGUAUUUGUGAUGCUGUUGUAAUUUAUGGUGGUCCUGAAGAAGAGUAUGAGUUAGCUAGAUUUUGUGGAAUUGUGACUCUCACUUCAGUACUCAGUCCUAGUAAUGCGACGCUGAUACAUUUUGAAAGUGAUAGUGAAAACAAUUCCCCAGACUUCAAGCCUGGACUAACUUUUUUCCCCUCAGCUAGAUUUUGUGGAAUUGUGACUCUCACUUCAGUACUCAGUCCUAGUAAUGCGACGCUGAUACAUUUUGAAAGUGAUAGUGAAAACAAUUCCCCAGACUUCAAGCCUGGACUAACUUUUUUCCCCUCAGGCUCUUUAAAUAAAAUGGGACUAACAUCACUUCCCAAAACCAAUCCCGUAUCUACCAUAAAAGCGAUUCCAUAUGACAUCUGUGGCAUCCCUCCAGUUAGUCCCCAGUCACUUUCUAGACGAAUUGCCAGAGAAGAAGCCCGCCCCCACUGCUGGUCAUGGCAUUUGAGGCUUCUACGUGGUCACAAGUGUGAAGGUGCCUUGAUCAACUCACCAUGGAUUCUGACUACAGAACCCUGUGUGCAAUCGAAAUGUAAUAUGCUCUUCUGGACUAUAAUUACUGGGGACCAUAGCAGAACCCUGAAGAAAUCAACUGAGCAGGGGGAAAGGGCCAGGCACAUCAUAGUACAUGGCAGCUUGGGUAUACUGAGCUAUGACGGUGAUGUCACCCUGACACAGCUGAGCUCUCCUCUGGAGUACAAGUUGGUGAUGAGGCGGGUGUGUUUGCUGCACAGUACGAAGCCCCUGUUUUCCUCUGAGGUCUGUGCAGUGAUCAAAUGGGGAAGCAUUAACAAAGAUCAUGGCCUCGCAAGUCGCUUACAGCAGAUCCGAGUGCUGGUGUUAGGAAGAGAGGGCUGUGAGCACACUUACUACUCUGUUCACCCACAAGGGAUCACAGAAAAGAUGAUCUGCACCGACUUCUCAGCCUCUGGAGGGAAAGGCGCCUAUCAGGGAGGCUCUGGGGAAGCAUUGGCUUGCACACAUGGAAACGGUCCCUUUGUCCUGGACAGUGUCAAUGGCUGGAGCCCUGACUGUGUGCGGCCACGGAAGCCCAGUGUGUUAGCCCGGACGAAAGUCUCCCUGGACUGGAUCCUAUCUAAAAUCAAAGGUUGUGAUACACUUCAGACAAAUAGUAAAAGCAAAAUCUUAACAAAACAGCAGUUGCCACCAGCCACACCUUCAACAGACAGUGCAUCUGAGCCAGAUGAUAGAUUUUCGCAUUAUCUUAUUAACGCAUCCAGCUGGAAUUUAGCAAGAAAGCAUUGUGAUGUGGCCCUGAUGUGGAGCUGGAAGAGUCCAGAGGGUUUUUGUUUGUUUGUUUGUUUUCACCUGCAUGGUAAACCACUAGAUUCUAGAGGAAAACUAGAAUGUUCCUGGACACUCAGAGUUUCACCGAGCAGUAUGGUAAAAUGUACCACCAAGUAUGUGUCACUCCCUGGGUCUCGUUACCUUCUUUUGCUCCCCACAAUUAUUUGUGAAGUAACUUCUAUGGGCCAGGGACUGAAUCAUUUUGGUUCUGGGGAUCCAGUAGCGAACAAAAGGAACACGGACCCUUAUGAGGUUUAUAUCCAAGUAGGUGAAUUAUGCGGAAGAAGCUUUUACCCAUUAAUUUUCAUGAGCUCUGCACGGCUGGUAAGGGUGGCAUUUUGUUCUCUGACACAAGGUGCUUUUGGCAAAAGCUAUGCUGUCUUCAGAGCCCGAGUUUCAAAGGACAGCAAAACAGCCAGACUUUCCCAGAGUCCAAACCAAGAGUCCAUGGUCACUUGUGAGGACACUCUCCUGACCAAGCUGGCAGGAAUCGUAAAAAUCCCAAGAUCCCCUCGGGGAACCAGUAGGAGGUGCCACUGGAGGUUAGUGGCCCCUCCAAAUCACAUCAUUCGCCUUGAUAUUAUUAACUUCCAGAUGACACCCACACCUCUGACUUGUCAUGGUCACCUGUGGGUUUACGAAGGAUUUGGACCAAGCAAAAGAUUAAUAGGUAAUGAAGCCCCUAUGAAAACCGGAAAGUACGACAAGUAUGGGUUUGGAGAGCUUCCCUUCCCGUUUGACUCCAUGAGAGGAAAAGUUGAGGUUAGUAAUGAAGGUUGUCCGGUAUUGGAUUUGAUUCCAGUUAGUUUUGUUGAGAUCACCUCUCUCCACUACCCUAACUUUUAUCCUAACAUGCUGAAUUGCACUUGGACUUUUCAUUCCAUGUCAGGAAAUAAAAUAAAGGCAGUGAUUAAAGACUUCAUAACAGAAGAAUCUUGGAACUGUGAAUGGGAUUAUGUCAAUAUUUAUGAUGGACCAGAUCAGCAAUCAAGAUUACUUGCUCAUGUAUGUGCUUCUAAGGAAGAAUUGGUUUUGGUAUCCAGCGGUGCUUACCUGACUGUGCAUUUUAAGACUGAUGAGUCUGUGGGAGAAAGAGGUUUUAAACUUACCUUGGAAGAGAUGAUUCAGAAGCAAUCACUGGAAAGCUAUAUUGGGAGCCCCUUGACUAUCAAUGAUAAGGCAGUAGAAACUAAUACAGGCAGCUGGCCGACCGGAGACAAAUGUGGAGUUCCAGUCGUUGACCCAUUUCUAAUGGAAAAGUCUGAAGGAAGUGUCCAUGUGCAGCCAGCCAUCCUGGGGGAGCCCAGGAUGGUUGGUGGCCGAGCUGCACCUGCAAUGUCAUGGCCCUGGCUGGUCAGCCUGUGGCACCAAGGGCAGCAUUACUGUGGAGGCGCCCUGAUCGGGAGGCAGUGGGUCCUCACAGCCGCGCACUGCAGCUUCAGUACUAUCACAGACAAGCUGGUAAUAGGAAGAAGUUACCUCGGGAACCUAGGAAGUAGUGAUUUGAUACCAGUGAAAGCUGUAUACACUCACCCUGGCUUCUCACAAUUUCCUCCUAAUGAUGAUCUAUCAUUGUUACGUCUGGAAAAACCCAUCCAAAUAGAAGAUGAAUUUUCCAAAACUGUGCAGCAAGCAAGGGUGCCACUGAUGAGUAUGACAUCUUGUCGAAGCUACUGGGGUCUGGAUAUUAGAGACACCAACAUAUGUGGAGGAGCUGCUGGGUCAUCCUCUUGCAUGGGAGAUUCUGGAGGACCUCUGCAGUGUUCCCUGGAUGGGCAAUACGUGCUGGUUGGCAUUGUGAGCUGGGGCAGCAGUAACUGCCAUCCUGCUGCACCAACUGUCUUCACCAGAAUUUCUGCCUACAGGGAUUGGAUCACCUCGGUCACCGGAGGAGAAGUGUGAUCAGCAAAAGAGCAGCAGGGUGUCUAUAAAUGGGAAGGGAAAUACCUAACAGUAUGCCUGAAACAUGAGUCUCUCGCCAGUACUACCAAAGUCACUGUCAU